AUGAGUCUCGGGCAUCAGAUGGUGGAGCAGCUUUUCCUCGACCUCUCCCCCGACCGAGUUUCUCUUCGUGACGGGAUACACGCCGUCGAGCCUUGGGCAACUAAGUACAUUGAUGCCAUCCAAGAUGCAAGAUACGGGGACGCAAUCUGGGCGCGAUAUCACCUUUCUGGACAGGUGAAGGAUGGAAAGAUCGAGGGAUUGACUGUUAUUGAGAGCAUUACUGAAGAUGCCAUGGGUUACAAGAAAUACGCACCAGAGCAGUAUGCUGAGGCUGUGUCUUUUUACAAAGACAACAAUAGCAGUUCGGAUGGUCGUACUGAUGUGAUCGAGGUUAUCAUGCGCGUCGAUGCAGAGGAUCUUACUGGGAAACACAUCCCCGAGGGCGGUUAG